AUGGGUUGCUCAGCUUCAAAAACAACAACCAUAGUUGCAAACAAGAAUCCAGAAGAUCCAACAACACCUUCUGUCUCUUUUCAAUCUUCAUCUUCCUCAACUUCUUCAUUCUCCCCUUCUUAUGCUUCUCAAUACUUCAAUUCUUCACCACCUGUUAGAAAAGCUUUGUCACUAACAAUGCCUCUUAUCCAUCACCCUCCAACCAAAAAGGGUGACACUCACCAUCUUGUUUCCUUAACCUCCACCACCUAUGGUUCUCUUCUCUUAAUUGACCAAAAAGUUCCUAACUUUACGUCUAUUGAACAACCCCAUCUCACCAAAACUUCUCAAAACGAUGAAGAACAAUCACUUUCUCCGGAUUCUGUUAUCAACACUUGGGAACUCAUGGAUGGUUUGGAUGAACAUGAAGAUUCUAUUGUUCAUAAAGCUUUAAUCUUUGAUAACCCAGUGAGUUUCUCAGAUAAACACAGUUCAUGCAGGUACACAGCAUUUGAUGGGUCUGCAAAAAAGAAUCUUCUUGAUUCAUUUGAAUCACUGAAAGCUUCGGAAGCGGUAAUGGAAGAAAAAAGUUCCAAAUCUUUUGUUAAGAAACCACUUUGGAAGCAUUUAUCAGAAGAAGCUUUGUUAGCUAAGUUGGAUCCAAGUGUUGCUUGGAGUUACAGAAGAGCAUUAUCUUCAAGACAACUAGGUUGCAACAACAACAAUAACCGGUUAAGAAACGUAAGAUCAAUGGAAUCAAGUCCUAUGAACCCUUGUUCUUCUUUGUUUGGUAAAAGCUUGUGUCUUUUACCAGGAACAGAAGACAGAAUAGUUGUUUACAGCACAAGUUUGCGAGGGAUUCGAAAGACUUACGAAGAUUGUUGUUCGGUGAGGAUGAUUUUGAGAGGAUUUAGAGUUACGGUCGAUGAAAGAGACAUUUCUAUGGAUUCAUCUUACAGAAAGGAGUUACAGAAUGCACUUGGUGGAAAAUCAGUAGUGACAUUGCCACAGGUUUUUAUCAGAGGCAAACACGUUGGAAAUGCAGAGGAUUUGAGACAAUUGAAUGAAUCCGGUGAAUUGGCGAAACUAUUGAGUGGUUUUCCAACUCAAGAUCUUUGGUUUGUUUGUGAUAAAUGUGGAGAUGCAAGGUUUGUGCCUUGUGAUAAUUGCAAUGGUAGCAGGAAAGUGUUUGAGGAAGAACAAGGGAAGUUGAAAAGGUGUGUUCAUUGUAAUGAGAAUGGAUUGAUAAGAUGCACAAGCUGUUGUUCAUGA